UCAGAGGCCGUGUACGGGUCGUGUUUUGGCUUCCCCGUCAUUAGAAAUGGCUUCUAUCAUUUGGUUAACGGGUAGGCGUUUGUCUCGACUCGUUUCUCCGUUCUCUCAGGUUGUUGUGCGGCGGCCGGUUCUGCAGAAUGUGUCGGCUCCAGCGCGGUCGGUUCACCGGGGAAGUGUGCGGCGUGCGGCGGAGAAAAACUCGCUGAGCCGAACACGAGUACCGGAGCAACAGUUCAUCACUGAGCUAGAUAAAGCCGACGCGCUGAUGCUGCGGAAGUCUCAUGAAACAGGAUUUUUGUCCUGGUUCAGGAAUGGUUUGCUGGCGACAGGCAUUGGAGUUAUUGCAUUUGUACAGAGUGAUGUGGGCAGAGAGGCGGGAUAUGCUUUCUUCAUCCUGGGCGGAGUGUGCGUGUCGUUCGGUUGCGCGUCAUACAUUGGCAGUCUUCUGACACUACGGAGGAUCAUGCUGCUCUCGCUGCCCGCUGUGCUGCUUCAAACGUCUGUGGUGUCCAGCGCUGCCCUCUUCUGGCUGUGUGCGGUAUCACUCUACAUCGGUCGCCUGGAGGUGGAGAUUAUUCACGACGAUGAUGAAGACGAGCACGGAGGAGAUGAAGCUGGGGAGUGUGCCGACUGCAGGGCACGACGUGAGAGACGUGGUGCUGAAGAUAAAGGCCAAGAGAAGUGAGAGAAGAGGAGAAUCUAAGUUGAAAUAAUCUUUGUACACUGACCUAGGAUCAGACCUUUAUUCAUAAGCUGUUUAAACUGCUUUAAAGGAACAGUUCUGCCAUGUACUCAUGUUGUUUCAAAACCUGUUUGACUUUCAUCAGUAAAAUACAAAAGAAAAUGUUAGUAGCCUCAGUCACCAUUCACUUUCAUAGCAUAUUUUUUUUUCAUACAGUGAAAGCCAUGAGUGUUCAACAGAAGAAAGUUAGUCACACAGAUUUGAAACAAUAUUAGGAUAAGUAAAUGUGAACCAUUCCUUUAAUAGAAAAGGAAAAACUGCCUUCAGGUCAGUGUAGAGUGGCAGCUUCUACCAGCAUUGUUUUGCAGUACUCUGAUGCUUUAUUUAUUCGGUCGAGUGAGUAUUGGUGAUUGUUAUACUCUUAAAUAUGGGCUGUCUCUCUGGUCACAAAAGGGUCCGAGCCAUAAUUGCACAUUUGUCCUUUGUAACAUUAUUUUUUGUUUGUAGAAUAUGAUUGCAGGAACAUGAAAACAAAAGAGUGUAAAUGUAAAAUGGCACACCAAAAAAAAUUCAAAAUUCCAACAGUGUUUUUGUCUUAUUUUUCAGUAAAAAUAUCUUAACAUUCUUUAAUCAAGAUUUAUUUGCUUUCUUUUAGCCUACUUUUACUUUACAUUUAUUAAGACUUAAAAU